AGACAUGGACGACGUCGACGUGGACCGAUUAUAUAUCCUCGAAUCUUUGCGUACAAAGAUCUCCCAACUUCGUGAUUCUCUUAAUGAUUUCUGGGCUGUGCCGAAUAACGCGCAAUGGCCGCAUGUUUUGAGUCAGUUCAACGUCCUUGUUGCCAGAUAUGAGAGUCUAUUGGGAGAAUUGCGGAAAUCCUGGUUGAAGUUAAAUCUGGUUAUUCCCAGCACUGUGCCCCAUGAGCGUCCAGAUCAGUUACCUGAGCUACUCCGCACCAAACUGAUUCCCGAGAUAGAAGAAUUACAAAACGCGCAACGUCGUAACGCUGUACAUGCUCCUGGCCUUGGAAGUGAUGAAAUUAAUUACUUGGAUGAGUCUGCUGUACGAGAUGCGGUACGAUCUUGGGAGGCACGUAUGGAACAGCAUGAUCUCCUAGUUCAAGCUGCCCUUGAAACGGUGCGCGACAAAGACCUUCGCAAACAACUCAAAGCUCGAAUACCACAAGAAGAGGACGACCAGGAUUUAAGUCGAUUUGUGGAUGAGGCUGGGAAAGAGAAUAAGCGGGAUCUGGAGCGCAUGUUGAUGUGGAUGUCCAGCGGACCGCAGAGCUGGGUAGAAGAAGAGAGCAGGCGAGCAUGACUGGUUGCAGUGGAGAUAUAAGAGCUUCCGGUAGCUUGCUUGGUGUACAUAGGGCGUAUAUAGAAAUUUCCGAUUCUACAGCUUGUGCUUUUAUGGAACAAGUUACAGCCGGAUUGACCUAACUGGUAGCUCAACAGUGACAGAGCGGCAGACGGCGUCGCAUAUCAAAAAUCUACUAAGUAUUAGAUAUAUUACAUUCACAGUAUUAAAAC